AAGUGUAAGGAGGAGGCAAAGAUUCAGACUCGAGAGGAGCACGAGGGUGAAUGAUGGAAGAAAAUAGCAGAGAUAAUCGGAGACAAGGGAAGAGAUGGCAAAGGAAAAGAACCUCUUCAUCUUCAUCUUCAUCUUCAUCAUCUUCUUCUUCUUCUCACAUCAAUAAUCUCGAUGAUGGUUGUCUUAUGCAUAUCUUCAGCUUCCUCCCCCCUAUUCCAGAUCGCUUUAAUACCGCACUCGUUUGCCACAGAUGGAAUUACUUGGCAUGUCAUCCUCGCCUGUGGCUGCGUGUAGAUCGAUCAGUCAAAGACUUAUCUCAACCUGGUGUUUUCCCAAAUAUUGAAACUGCUGUUUCUGCUUCAAGACCGGGGGAUACUAUUUUAAUAGCAGCUGGUGGAAGUCAUCAUACCUCAAACAUUCAAAUAAAGAAACCACUCUGCUUGAUUGGUGCAGGUGAACUUCCAGAUGACACAACGCUCAUUUGUUCGCGAGGUUCAGACAGUGCAUUGGAGCUCCUUUCCACCUGCAAAUUAGCAAACCUGACUGUGAAGGCAGAGCUUGGUUGCUGCUUGCUACAUAGAAAGGGAAGGCUAACUGUUGAUGGAUGCAUUCUACAAUGUGAAUCUAAUCCCCUGGAUUUUCUUUCAUGCCCCAUUGUGAGCACAGCGAAUAGCAGUGAGGUGCUUCCAUCGCAAACGAAGAGCAAUGGUGGUGGUGAUGGUGUGUUUGUUUCUCAAACCCGCAUUGAAGGAGGUGCCAAAGCUGUUGUGACAAGUGGGGAUCUGGCCCUGCAACGAGUCCGAGUGAUUUAUGCCCGAACUUCGCUUCUUUUCUGGUUUGAUGUGGAGCAAAUGUGACCAAAGUGGUCAUCACAAGCCUUGUGAUAUCAUCUGUUCUUUUAGUUACCUAGACGGCUAGACUUGUCUGUAAUUUAUUUUAGGAGUCACUAUAGUUAUGAUUAAUCUUUUACCGGUGUUUUUUCUAUUCUUGUUAUGUACCAUUUGGAUGGGUUACAUAUGUAUCAAAAGUUGAAAUUUCUGUGAUCUUUAAAUAA